GAGUUGUCACACUGCGCUGCAGUUCUCAUCUGCAUUUCGGAAGUAAGUGGUGUGCGCACCAUCCUUUCCGAUCUGAUAAAUGGUAUGUCAUCUACUGGACCCUUGGGCCCAACUCAGGCCGGCACUACUGGCAAAGUGUCUAAGUCACAACAGCACCAACAGCAAUCGUCUCUAACACCUCAUCCUCCUCAAAUCCCCCAGCCAUCUACCCAUCUUGUGUUUGGAACUAUUGGCUACAAAUUGGCCAGCGUUAGACUGCUCUCAGCCUAUCUUAUGCUUGCUAAUGAGCACCGCUUAGCCCAUGUUGCAGCCAUUUCUGGCACAGGAAUAAAUGCGAAUGGUGAAGGGAGUGGAAUCUUAGCUACCGAUGUGAAUAUUGCUGGUGCAGAGGUAGGAGGGAAGGAUAAGGCUCAAAAGUCGCCGAAAGCAAAAAAAAAGAGUACUGUUGUCAUGACGACAGCUGGAACUCGGAGCACAGAUUCAACGACAGAUAGCGAAGAUGAAGAUGACGCUACAAGUUCAGUCUACUCCGACUCCGAAACAGACGAAAGUGAUGAAGAAGAUGAUGAGGAUGAUGAGGAAAGUGAUAUUCUCACUGAAAGCGAUGAGGAUGAUUUGGAUCUGGAAGAUGAAGCAGAAGAAGCUUUUGAAGUAAUCGCUCGCGUGCUUCCAGAAUUUUAUCCACUCCUAACACGUAAUCUCUGCCGUCUAUUAGCAGUUAAUGACAAAUUUAUCCUGCACAACGUUUGGCAAUGUUUGGAAUGCUUAUUUAGUGUAAGCCUUGUAUUUCAUUUUCCCUAUAUUCCUCAUUCAAUAUUAUUCACCGAUCCCAUAUCAUUAUCGUAA